UGUGAACUUGAAACUCAGUCGUUGAUUGACGGCCAAUAAGUUAAAGUGUAUUUUAUUUGCGAUCGCUCUGUGUAAAGACGCCGGCACCACGUGUUUUUUAUGAUAUUUUCAAUUUGACACAGUGUGAUGAAAUCAAUUAUCAUUUAAACAUUAUAAGCAAAUUGCCCAGCAACGUGCUCCAUCGAUCGAAUUUGAAACGGUUGAAAUUCGUGAAUUUAAUAGUUUGAUAUUCGACAAAUGAAUUUCUAUUGAACGACACUUCAGAACACUUACAGCUACGCAGUCAUAUAAUUUCAUUUUUAUUGAUUUUUUUCCGAACAUUGUCAAAUUUAGGGAAACCUGUUGGAUUCCAUAAAUAAAUAAUGGCUGCGUCACUAGUCCUACAAGAUGGUCAAAUUAUUUCCGGUGUGCCAUUCGGUGCCGAAGUGGACGUUGACGGUGAAGUGGUUUUCCAAACGGGCAUGGUCGGCUAUCCUGAAUCCAUGACUGAUCCGUCAUACCAUGCACAGAUUCUGGUUUUAACGUAUCCAUUGAUCGGAAACUAUGGAAUACCAGGCAAUGACUUAGAUGAAUUUGAUUUGCCAAAGUACUUUGAGUCCAUUGACAAGAUAUGGGUAGCUGGGCUGAUUGUGGACGAGCUGUGUGAAACGCCGUCACAUUGGAAAUUGAAGAAAACUUUGAGCAAAUGGAUGAUCGAGAAUAAUGUUCCUGGCAUAUCUGGAGUUGACACGCGAGCCUUGACCAAAAAGAUCCGUGAGAAUGGAACGAUUCUCGGCCGUAUCGUACAAGGCGAAAUCGAAUCAACGACAUCGAUUGUAUUCAACGAUCAAAAUGCAAGAAAUCUGGUCGCAGAAGUAUCCGUUAAGGCUGUGAAAACGUACAAUGAGUCUGGUACGCCGCGGAUAUGCGUCGUUGAUUGUGGAUUAAAACUAAAUCAGAUUCGUUGCUUUUUGAGUCGGGGCGCUAGAGUUGACGUUGUACCGUGGGACCAUCCACUUGAUCAAUCGGAAUAUGACGGUUUAUUUUUAAGCAAUGGUCCUGGCGAUCCAGUCAUGUGCAACAAGACGGUUCAAAAUAUUCGUAAAGUCCUCGCAAACAAGUCAGUUAAACCAAUCUUCGGUAUCUGCUUGGGCCAUCAACUUUUGUCCACUGCCAUCGGAUGUACAACUUACAAAAUGAAGUACGGCAAUCGUGGCCAUAAUUUACCUUGCAUACAUCAUGGCACUGGACGUUGCUUUAUGACAUCCCAAAACCAUGGAUUCGCUGUGAAUGCUGACACACUGCCGAAUGAUUGGAUUCCACUUUUCACCAAUGCAAAUGAUCAAACUAACGAGGGAAUAAUUCAUAAAACGAAACCGUUCUUCAGCGUCCAGUUUCAUCCGGAACAUACAUCAGGUCCAGAAGAUCUAGAAUUACUUUUCGAUGUGUUCCUGAAUGCCGUUUCCGUAAUGAAAUCAGGUGCAGCUGCUGAAGGUAUUCAAAAACAGAUUACGGACAAAAUCGCAUUCGAUGGUGCUAGUGAUGUGAAUCCUAUAAGGCCGAAAAAAGUGUUGAUUCUUGGCUCUGGUGGUCUAUCGAUUGGGCAGGCUGGUGAAUUUGAUUAUUCUGGCUCACAGGCCAUUAAGGCAUUGAAAGAGGAGAAAAUUCAAACAAUUUUAAUCAACCCCAACAUUGCUACUGUGCAGACAUCGAAAGGCUUGGCGGACAAAGUUUAUUUCCUGCCAUUGACUCCGAACUAUGUGGAACAAGUAAUUCGAUCUGAACGGCCGAAUGGUGUAUUGUUAACGUUCGGUGGACAGACUGCAUUGAACUGUGGCAUUGAAUUAGACCGAAGUGGCGUGUUCAAAAAGUACAACGUAAGAAUAUUGGGCACACCGAUUCUGUCAAUUAUUGAAACUGAAGACAGGAAAAUUUUUGCCGAUCGUGUCAAUGAAAUCGGAGAGAAAGUAGCUCCAUCCUGCGCUGUUUAUUCGGUUCAGGAAGCAUUAGAAGCUGCUGAGAAACUUGGCUACCCAGUGAUGAUAAGAGCGGCAUUUGCAUUAGGAGGCCUGGGUUCUGGCUUCGCUGACACCGAAAGUGAGCUUCGAACUCUUGCCCAACAAGCAUUAGCACAUUCCAGUCAACUAAUCAUUGACAAGUCGCUCAGAGGAUGGAAGGAAGUUGAAUACGAAGUUGUACGAGACGCUUAUGAUAAUUGCAUUACCGUUUGUAAUAUGGAAAAUGUCGAUCCGUUGGGAAUUCACACUGGAGAAAGUAUCGUGGUAGCACCAUCGCAGACGCUAUCUAAUCGAGAGUACAACAUGCUGCGAACAACAGCUUUAAAUGUUAUUCGCCAUUUCGGAAUCGUUGGCGAGUGCAACAUUCAGUAUGCUCUCAAUCCUAUGUCAGAGGAGUUCUACAUCAUCGAAGUCAAUGCGAGACUGUCCAGAAGUUCGGCUUUAGCCAGUAAAGCGACGGGAUAUCCGUUAGCAUACGUAGCGGCUAAACUAGCAUUAAACAUUCCAUUGCCCGAAAUCAAGAAUUCAGUUACUGGGGUGACAACAGCAUGCUUCGAGCCAAGUUUAGAUUAUUGUGUGGUGAAAAUGCCCCGUUGGGAUCUUUCAAAAUUCACCAGAGUCAGUAAAAACAUCGGUUCAUCCAUGAAGAGUGUUGGUGAAGUGAUGGCAAUUGGUCGCAAAUUCGAAGAGGCUUUCCAAAAAGCAUUACGAAUGGUAGAUGAGAAUGUAACCGGCUUUGAUCCGAAUUUGAAGCCUGUCGACGAAGAGGAACUAAAGGAACCAACAGAUAAACGUAUGUUUGUUGUGGCAGCCGCUUUAAACGCAAACUACACGGUAGAGAAGUUGUAUGAGUUGACCAAGAUCGACAGGUGGUUCUUGGAGAAAAUGAAGAAUAUAAUUGAGGUUUACGGACAGAUUGAAAAACAUGGACUGAACAUUCCCAAAGAGCUACUGUUAAGAGCGAAGCAGCUGGGCUUUUCGGAUAAGCAAAUAGCAAAUUCGGAAGGAAGCACCGAACUGGCAGUUAGAAGUCAACGCAAGGAGUAUGGUGUUCUUCCAUUCAUUAAACAAAUUGAUACGGUUGCUGGUGAGUGGCCAGCGUCUACAAACUACCUAUACAUGACAUACAACGCAACUGCUCAUGACAUCGAUUUUAUUGGUGGCUACACAAUGGUCAUCGGUUCAGGGGUGUAUCGGAUCGGUAGUUCGGUUGAGUUUGAUUGGUGUGCGGUUGGAUGCUUGCGUGAAUUACGGAAUUUGGGUCGGAAGACAAUAAUGGUCAACUACAAUCCUGAAACAGUCAGUACCGAUUACGAUAUGUGUGACCGAUUGUAUUUUGAGGAAAUCUCUUUCGAAGUUGUGAUGAACAUUUACGACGUUGAGAAUCCGGAAGGAAUAAUUUUGUCUAUGGGUGGACAGUUACCGAAUAACAUUGCUAUGGAUUUACAUCGGCAACAGGCCAGAAUUUUGGGAACAUCACCAGAAUCAGUUGAUGGUGCAGAAAAUCGCUUCAAAUUCUCGAGAAUGUUAGAUCGGAAGGGAAUUUUACAGCCACGCUGGAAGGAAUUGACAAACCUUAAGUCUGCGUUGGAGUUCAGCAAAGACGUUGGAUAUCCCUGCCUGGUUCGACCAUCAUAUGUUUUGUCUGGUGCAGCGAUGAAUGUUGCUCACUGUGAUAAAGACUUGGAGGAAUACUUGGUGUCUGCGUCAAAAGUAAGCAAGGAGCAUCCGGUCGUUAUUUCGAAAUUUUUAACCGAAGCGAAAGAAAUUGAUGUGGAUGCUGUGGCUGCUGAUGGUGAAAUAUUAUGUAUGGCUGUGUCCGAACACGUCGAAAAUGCCGGUGUUCAUUCGGGAGAUGCAACCUUAGUUACACCGCCGCAAGAUAUAAACGCUGAGACGUUGGAGCAGAUCAAGGUUAUUGCACGUGAUAUUGCGUCAUUGCUUGAUGUUACCGGACCAUUCAACAUGCAAUUGAUUGCGAAAAACAACGAACUGAAAGUCAUUGAGUGCAACGUACGAGUAUCGAGAUCAUUUCCAUUCGUAUCGAAAGUUCUUGAUCAUGAUUUCGUUGCUAUCGCAACUCGAGUUAUUGUGGGAUUGAGUGUGGAACCAGUCAAUGUUCUUCAUGGUACUGGAAAGGUGGGUGUUAAAGUUCCUCAAUUCAGUUUCGCUCGUCUAGCAGGAGCGGAUGUUAUGUUAGGUGUUGAAAUGGCUUCAACCGGUGAAGUAGCAUGCUUCGGAGAUAACCGAAACGAGGCGUAUUUGAAGGCGAUGCUGUCGACAGGCUUCCAAUUUCCAACCAAAGGCAUUCUGCUUAGUAUUGGCAGCUUCAAGCACAAAACUGAGCUACUUCCAUCGAUUCGGGCACUGGCCAAAAUGGGAUACAAAUUGUAUGCAUCGAUGGGUACUGGAGAUUUUUACACGGAACAUGGUGUCGAUGUUGAGUCAGUGCAAUGGACUUUCGAUAAAUUUAGUGAGGAUGGCGGUGAAUUACGUCACUUAGCUGAGUUCCUCGCCAACAAACAAUUCGAUAUGGUGAUCAAUCUACCUAUGCGAAACAGCGGUGCUCGUCGGGUGUCUUCGUUCAUGACACAUGGCUAUCGAACUCGCCGAUUAGCCGUCGACUAUUCUAUUCCCCUGGUCACAGAUGUUAAAUGCGCCAAAUUGUUAGUCGAUGCCAUGUGUUCCAUUCGUGGGCCACCUCCAAUGAAAACAUUCACCGAUUGCAUGACAUCGCGACAAAUGAUUCGUUUACCUGGAUUCAUUGACGUUCAUGUUCAUCUUCGGGAACCAGGUGCUACCCAUAAAGAAGAUUUUGCUUCUGGCACAGCAGCAGCGUUGGCUGGUGGUGUGACCCUUAUUUGUGCCAUGCCUAAUACAAAUCCUUCAAUCGUGGAUCGCAGUUCCUUUGAGCUAGUACAGGAAUUAGCCAAGGCAGGUGCGAGAUGUGACUAUGCUUUGUACGUGGGAGCUUCGUCUGAUAAUUAUUCAUCAAUUGUCGAAUUUGCUCCGCAAGCUGCAGCGUUAAAAAUGUAUUUAAAUCAGACAUUUUCAACAUUACAACUGAAUGACAUGAAUGUGUGGGAGAAGCAUUUCACUAACUGGCCGAAACGAGCUCCGUUGGUAGUGCAUGCUGAAAGACAGACAAUGGCCGCUGCCAUUCUUUUAGCAAGCGUUUUGGAUCGACCAAUUCAUAUUGCGCACGUGGCUCGAAAGGAAGAAAUUACUGUAAUCAGAGCAGCCAAAAAACAAGGAAUUAAUAUCACGUGCGAAGUUUGUCCACACCAUUUGUUCCUUUCCACCGAUGAUAUUGAUCGAAUUGGUGGUGGACGGUCCGAAGUAAGGCCAGUAUUAUGUUCGCCUGAGGAUCAACAAGCAUUGUGGAAUAAUUUAGACUACAUCGAUGUUUUCGCUACCGAUCAUGCACCACAUACUCGGGCCGAAAAAGAUUCCAUCAAUCCACCGCCCGGUUUCCCAGGAUUAGAAACGAUUUUGCCAUUACUACUGAACGCCGUCAACCAAAAUCGCUUGACGAUUGACGAUGUAAUUAAUAAAUUCCAUCGAAAUCCGAAAAGAAUUUUCAAUCUGCCGGAGCAAAGCAAUACAUACGUGGAGGUUGACAUGGAUGAGGAAUGGGUCAUUCCGAAGGAAACGGCAUAUUCGAAAGCAAAAUGGACUCCUUUCGCUGGAAUGAAAAUCAAAGGCUCCGUGCAUCGAGUAGUUUUGAGAGGAGAAGUUGCAUAUGUUGAUGGGGAAGUUUUAGUCGAUGCAGGGUAUGGUAAAAAUGUUCGAGAUUGGCCAAUGAAAAAGUCCGAGUUUCACAAAUCACUAGAAAAAAUAGACCAUCACAAUUUGGACGGUUCCCGAUCUGAAGUGAAGCCAUCUGAUCUAGUGACAGACGUUCAGGCCAACGAUGCGUUUUCAAAACUUUUGGCUGAGCCAUCGCCCAAGUUUACCGUAAGCUUCGGCGAGAAAAGUGUUCGUCCCGUAUCACCGUUGCCAUCUCGAGUUCGUUGUGAUUCUACAAGCAAUCCAACGCUAAAGGAAUUGGUACAACAUACAACAGCCGCAAGUGUGGUGCCACUUCAAGGGUUAACACACAAACACAUAUUGAGCGUAGACAUGUUCACGAAGGAGCACUUGAAUGACAUCUUUGAUUUGGCGCAAAUUUUCAAAGGGCGGGUGCUCAAAGAUCGACCAUUGAACGAUAUUUUAAAGGGCAAAAUUAUGGCGUUGGUGUUUUACGAAGUUAGUACCAGAACGAGUAGCAGCUUUGCUGCAGCUAUGCAGCGAUUAGGUGGAAAGGUUAUCACCAUGGAUGAGACCAGUUCGUCAGUGAAGAAAGGAGAAACGCUUGAAGACAGUAUUGCAACUCUAGCUGGCUAUUCCGAUGUUGUUGUUCUUCGACAUCCCGAACCAGGUGCUGCGACUCGGGCUGCAUUGCACUGUCGUAAGCCCAUGAUAAACGCAGGCGAUGGUGUUGGUGAACAUCCCACGCAAGCACUGCUGGAUAUUUUCACGAUCAGACAGGAGAUCGGAACAGUUAACGGUCUAACUAUAACAAUGGUUGGAGACUUGAAGAAUGGUCGUACUGUACAUUCCUUGGCGAGGUUGUUGACUCUAUACGACGUUCAGUUGCGGUACGUAAGUCCUGAAAAUCUGGGAAUGCCAAGAAAUAUUGUCGAUUUCGUCGAUUCGAAAGGAAUAUCACAAAAGUUUUACAGCAGCUUGGAGGAAGUGCUACCCGAAACCGAUGUCUUGUACAUGACGCGAAUACAACGAGAACGUUUCGCUUCUGAUGAAGAUUAUAACAGAUCGUGCGGUCAUUAUGUGGUAACACCGAAAUUAAUGACCAAGGCCAAGCGUCGCAUGGUGGUCAUGCAUCCGUUACCGCGAAUUUUCGAGAUCAGCACCGAAUUCGACACGGAUCCACGGGCUGCAUAUUUCCGACAAGCUGAAUACGGAAUGUACGUUCGAAUGGCUUUGCUGGCUAUGGUAUUGGGAAAGUCGUCUUGAGUUGACUAUUUGUAGAGUAUAUCGAAAUUAGGUUAAGAAUCAAAUAAAGUUUUGGCAAAAGUAUUGUA